CCCAAAAGAUGUAAACUUCCGGGUAAAGUUUUUAUUCCAUUUUUUUCAUUAUUUCCAUUACUUGGCGUUAUACAGGCUUCCUAAUCACAUGUUGCAAAGAUGAACAAUACAUUUACUGAACCAUAAUAGCUGGAACUAAAAGAUGUCAAUCCAAUGUGAUAACCUUGAGAUUUGACACAAUUUACAUUCUCAAAUAUAGCUCAUACAAGAAAUACUAUGGCAGUGAUACGAUGGAGAGGAUGGUCUGUUAUUACUCCCUUAACAAAUCCACUGAAGCGGGCAUGGAUGAAUCUGAAACUAACACGGAACACAUUAUUUUAUAACUCAUUCACCAACUGGAGUGCUGUGAUGGACACUCUUUUCGCACCUAUGUUUUGGUGUGUUGAUAAGUUUGUUCACUAUCUCGGGCCAAUUUUUGUGCUGCUUGUGGUUGUACUCACUACAACAGUGGUUGUGAUAUUUUAUGUCUGCCUUCUGCCCCAUAAGUACGACCUCAGCCUGGGAUGGACCAUAUAUCACCUUAUAUUUGGGCAUUGGUUGCUUAUUAACAUUGUGUUCAACUACUUCAUGGCAGCCUUUACUGAUCCAGGUCAUCCUCCUCAGGCAGUUCCAGAGGUAGUGUCUAUAUGUAAGAAGUGUAUUGCCCCUAAGCCUCCCAGGGCCCACCAUUGUAGUAUAUGUGAUACUUGCGUGAUGAAGAUGGAUCACCACUGUCCUUGGCUAAAUAAUUGUGUCGGCCACUAUAAUCAUCGCUACUUCUUCAUGUUUUGUACCUACAUGUGGAUUGGAACGAUCUAUGUUUGUGUGUGUGCCAAGGACCUCUUCAGGGAACACUUCCUUGGGCCAGAGGGUUUUGCUGCAGUUACUUUGGCUCCACAGGCCGUGAUGCAAUAUUUGAAGAAAAAAACUCAGAUGUAUGAACAAAUAGAAGAGUCAGAGGUGGCUGCCUUAUCUGAAGACAUUGGAGAGAUUUCUGAUGAAGCCAUGUCCUGGUUUCACCAGUGUAUUAUAUAUGAAUUCCUGCUAUGUAGCGGUGUGGCUGUAGCUCUGGGCUUCCUUGUGGCUUGGCACGGGCGGCUUAUCACAAGGGGCGAGACUAGUAUUGAAGUACAUACAAAUAAAAAAGAACGUGCCAGAUUAAAAAAGAAAGGCUUAGUUUUUAGAAACCCUUAUGACUUUGGUCCAGUAGGUAAUUGGCGUAAACUAUUUGGCUUAGGACAUGGUCGGACAUUUCUGCGUCAUAUCUUACUCCCAUCCACCCAUGCUCCACUAGAGGAUGGCUUAAAGUGGCAAACAACUACAUAUAAAUUAGAAGAUUCUCCUUUACUCCUGUUAUGACAAAAGAAAACUCAGUAGCACCAUGACAAGGAAGAUAUUGGCUUAAAUCAGAGACAUAUAAAAAUGGAUGAAUAUGGGAAUUCAUUCCAAACUUAAAAAAUGUGUCUCAUUGAUUGUUCAUGUACAAUACAUUGUUAUGCUACUAUGAAUGUUUAUGGUGCUACUGAGCUUAUGUAGUAAAUUAAGAGUGCAACUGAAAUUAUUUAGUGAUUUUUUAAAUUAAGAAAAUCUCCUUGGGAAGUCUUGAAAAAUUAUUUUUGUUCCAUAUGAAUUUUCUAAAAUCUUUCAUGUAGAUCCAGAUGAUGAUUAUGAACAUGUAAUUUUCAUAAGUAGAAUUACCAUAAAUGAAUCAAUUCAGGUAUGCUCCAUUAUUAAAUCAGCUAAAUAUAUCUGAAAUCAGAAAAUGUACAAAAGUAUACAAAUAGAGUUCAUCAUAAUGUAGUAUUUGUAAUAAUGUAACUUAUAAUUUGUAACUUGUAAUUUUAUAUCCAGAAAAUGUUCAACUUAUUUUUGUCAUUGCAGGCAUUGGCAAGAUAUUCCAGUUCUUUUAUAUAAAAUCUUUCCAUAUUCUUAUUUUGUUUGUACUGAUUAAUAGAUUCCUAAUUUUGAUAAAGUAAUGAAAUUGAUAAUUCAUAGUUAAUUGAUAGUGCAACAAUUGAUACUUGGUCAGAAUGAGGGGCCAAAUCAGAAUCUUCAGGGGUGGUAAGGUAUAACAUCAGAAUUAACAUGGAUGGCGUGUUAUUUUAAACUUGACAAACUUUUGUAAUGGUUAGUCUUAGUCAAAUAACUUUUGCAAACAGACAAUAAUUUCGGUUGACCACUCAAGCUGGUCUUGUAUAAAACCUAAUCCACUCUUACCCUCGUCAUUCAUAUCCAAAUGGACGCCUUGUGUAGAAGGUAUUUGGCGGUGCACAGAUCCUUGAUGCAAGAAUACCCUCAAGGUUACAGACUUUAGAAUAACAUGACAUUCAUUUUGAUUUCGAUGUUUUAUCGAUCUUCACCAUACCCCCUAAAAUUUGAAUGUGUACCAUUAAAACACACUUAGUCUCUGAUCCUUUGAUCUGGUCCUUCAUACUGAACAAAUGUGACAUGCUGCACUCAUUCAAUUUUAAUUCAAAAUAGUAUUCAAAAUAAUAAACAAAAAGAUCUCAUAAUCAUUAUUUAUUUCCCUAAAUUGUUGACUUGUAUUUUGCUAGAGAGGUGGGAGUACAGUAAAUAGAUUUUUAAAGUUGCAAUAUACUUGACUUGCUUAUAAAACCUACCUCUUGGCAUUAUAAUUCAUCGGGGCACAUUAACAUGAGACAGCAAUUUGUAAAAUCAUAGAACAGAACAUAAAAAAGUGAAAUACUUCCUUUAAUUUGUUUUUACCUGGGAGCAUUUUGAUAUAAACUUGAAUAUAAUGACGGUUGUUGAUAAAAAUAAAUUUCAUACCUAUACUGGUUAACAAAGUGUUAAUUUUGUGUUUUAUUGGGGAAAUAAUUGCAUUCGGGAAUU